AAGGUCCUAACAGCGCGGAUUACAACGCAACUGCUAACACGCUAGCUCAGUUGUUUUUCUUGAGAUUGUCUUGAAAAAAUUGCAAAUAUGUCUGGAAGAGAAGGUGGUAAAAAGAAGCCCUUAAAAGCUGCCAAGAAAGCCACUAAGGAAAUGGAUGAUGAUGAAAUGGCCUUCAAACAGAAGCAGAAAGAAGACCAGAAAGCCUUGGAGGCAUUGAAGACGAAAGCAGCAGGAAAGGGACCUUUAACUGGUGGAGGAAUCAAGAAGUCUGGAAAGAAGUGAUUUGGCAUUAGAUCAUGCACUCAUUUGCUGAAUCGCAGCCCCCUGGAAAAUCCAACCCCCCACCACCUCCUUUGUUUUUUUUCUGUUUGGGUCUAUUGUAGAAUGAGUAAAAUACAUGAAAUGACCCUUUUAAAUAAUUUCCAAUGUGUUAUGUAAAGAAGUUCUGAACUAAUAAAGUCUUGUAACUACUGCUGUA